AUGAAACCUAUUUCCCGCCAAUUUGUUUCGCACUUGUCAACUGCCCCCUCUUCACGAACAACAAUCCUCACCAAGAAAUCAUCCGUAUACCUCCUCAAGACUUGCAAAUCCAUGACCCACCUGAUGCAAAUCCAAGCGCAAGUCUUGAUAUUAGGCCUCCACCAAAACUUAGACAUUAUCCACAAGCUUGUGGCCUUCACUGCUGACCCUUUUCUAGGAAACCUCGGCUAUGCACAAAGAAUCUUUGACCACGUUGAAACCCCGAGUCUAUUUAUCUACAAUGUGAUGAUCAAAGCACACACGAAAGCUGGAAAUUUCAGAAAAGCCCUUUGUUUGUUUGAUCAGCUAAGAAAGCACGGUUUGUGGCCUGAUAAUUACACUUAUCCCUUUGUUUUUAAGGCCAUUGGAGAGUUGAAAUCUGUAAGAGAAGGUGAAAAGAUUCAUGGCUUUGUGUUGAAAAGUGGGGAUGGAUUUGAUUGCUAUGUUUGUAACUCAAUCAUGGAUUGUUAUGGCGUGGAAGGUUCUGUGGACAGUUUGAGAAAGGUGUUUGACGAAAUGCGUCAGAGAGACUUGGUCUCGUGGAAUGUCUUAAUAUCUGGGUUUGUUAGGUGCCAUAAAUUCGAGGAUGCCAUUGGGGUAUAUACGAGGAUGAGGCAAGAAGCAAAUCUUAAACCUGAUGAGGCUACGGUUGUGAGUACUUUAUCUGCUUGUACUGCACUGAGAAAUUUGGAACUUGGGCGAGAAAUACAUGACUAUGUGAGCAAUGAACUUGAAUUGACUGUUAUAAUUGGAAAUGCCUUGUUGGAUAUGUAUUCCAAGUGUGGAUGCUUGAAUAUAGCUAGGCAAAUUUUUGAUACCAUACCAAACAGGAAUGUCAUAUGUUGGACAAGUAUGGUUUCAGGUUAUAUCAGUAAUGGUAAGCUCGAUGAUGCCAGAGAAUUGUUUGAUAGAAGUCCAGUUCGCGAUCUUGUUCUUUGGACAGCUAUGAUCAAUGGGUAUGUACAGUUUAAUCGUGUCGAUGAUGCACUCGCCUUGUUUAGGGAGAUGCAAAUGGAAAGGAUAAUACCAGAUAAAUUCACAUUGGUUACUUUACUUACUGGAUGUGCUCAGUUGGGUGCCAUGGAACAAGGGGAAUGGCUUCAUGCUUGCAUUGAGGAAAACAGGAUAUCAAUAGAUGCUGUUGUCGGCACUGCUUUGAUAGAGAUGUAUGCAAAGUGUGGAUUUAUUGAAAAAUCCCUGGCAAUUUUCAACACGUUGAAGGAGAAAGACACGGCAUCCUGGACUGCUCUUAUUUGUGCUCUAGCCAUGAACGGUGAGUCCUGCAAGGCGCUGGAACUGUUCUCAGGAAUGAAACAAGCUGGAAUUAAACCUGAUGAUAUCACUUUCAUUGGAGUUUUAAGUGCUUGCAGUCAUGGUGGACUAGUAGAGGAAGGCCGCCAACAUUUUGAUUCCAUGAAAAAUGUCUAUCACAUUGAACCAAAGUUAGAGCAUUAUGGGUGCUUGAUAGAUCUUUUUGGUCGCGCUGGACUAUUAGGGGAAGCUCAAGACAUGAUAGCAAAUAUACCCAAUAAAGAUAACAAAAUUGUAGUACCCCUUUAUGGUGCUUUGCUCAGCGCUUGCAGAACCUAUGGUGAUGUCGAUAUGGGUGAACGCAUUGCUAACAUUUUGAUACAAAUUCAAUGUAGUGAUUCUAGUACUCAUUCUCUUCUGGCCAACAUUUAUGCGUCAGCCAACAGGUGGGAAGAUGUCAAAAAGGUCAGAAGGGAAAUGAGCACCCUUGGAUUUAAGAAGUCCCCUGGAUGCAGUUCAAUUGAAGUUGAUAGCAAUAUACAUGAGUUGAUUGCUGGCCAUUUGCAGCACUGGAAUGAAAUAGACUAAGUUCACUUUGUCUAGCAUGGCUAGCCCAGUAUUGCACAUAGAAGAGACAAAAGCCGAAUAAGGCAACAAAAUGAAGGCAUGUGCUUUUGUGAUGGAUCAGGAAUCAGUGAUUUCACCACUCUAGUAGUUCAGAUUUCUAAGCCUUGAUCUUCUGGAACUUCUUCAGAGCUUUUGAAGUUCUUUAGUAUGACAAUGAUCAUACAUUUAAGUGCUGGAAACAUAAAAAAUGUAAACUUCACAUCUUUGAUAAGAGGUUCUCAAACUAUUGGUUUUACUUAAAUCAGUUUAAUGAGGGCUGAGGAAUAAUUAACACAAGCAAAGCCAGUAUCAGAUGAAGACAACAAUCCUUGCCAGUAUCAGCUUCUUGUUUUGUUCUUUGACAAGAAAGGUACUCAAGGGAAUUGCAUCAACGAAAGUGGGGGUCUUCAAACACAAGCAUAUCACAAAUCAUGCAGGUCUAGAGGGAGUGGGCAGCACAAGAUCAGCUGGCCCCUGAUCAUUACCAACAUCAUCAAUUUCCAGGAAUCCUGCCAGAGCACAGUUUUAAACCGCCUAACAUUGUCUUCAUCUCCUUCCAGACAUUCUGCUGGAGCAUGAUUCUUUGGUAUGCUCUCAUCAAAUCCAUUUGGAUGGCCUUCUUGUACUUCGGGCAAGUAGUUGGAAAAAUGGAUGGUUUCUGGGUUGAAGAGUGCGACUGGGAAAGAAACGGGAAGUGGGAUUGCAUGGAUGAGGAUGCCAUAAAAGCUUGUAUAAGCGAGUUCUAAUAAGCACUGGUAUACCGAAUUUGGCACAGGGCUAGCUCGUGGAAAUUUGUGGAGUGGUACCUGAUGGAUGUGAAUACCCAACUCGGGUUGUAUGUGGCACCAAAUAGCUUUGCCAGAUCAGGAAACUGCACUCCAGAUCGGAUAUUCAUAUGACAAGUCAGCAAGCACAUUGGCUGGCAAGUAAAUAGUUCACCAUCAUGGAUGGGCAAAAAGGCGAAUUGUCAGUCCAGAAUCAGUCAAAAGAGUUUGAAAGUUUUUGUGCAUGGUGGUGACUGGUGACAGCUAAACGUAGAUGAUGCCAUUUUUACGUGAAGAAUGUAGCCAAGCUACAUGUUCAGAAAGGAUAAGGAUCUUAUUAUGGCUUGUUUUUCCUUUAUUAAAGAGCAAAGAAACGGAAGCAACACCUGGCUGACAUUCGCCAGGGGGGUUUUAUGCUGAUCACCCACAUCCAGUUUUACACGAGAUAUGUUCAAGUGAAUCAUGCAUGUAAACAUGUAGAUUACAACUCACCAAUCAGCAAAAGCACGGGCCUGCAAGUACUCUGCCAAGUCAUUGAAUGAGUAUUACCAGAUAUUACCUGUUUUGAGUUGUAGUACCGGUCCUGUUGGAUCAUUAUUGGAUAUCGCUAUGACACGACACAAUGGAAGACUGACUUCCAAUUAUCCAUAGGUUAAAUCUGCCCCCGUCACUUAUCAGCAAGGUAUCUAGCUGCGUCAUCCAUUUAAUUUGGGCAAAAUUGUUAUGACUUUCUUAACCAA